AUUUCACGGCUAUUAUUCCUUUAAAGUUGCCGGCCCGUUGUAGCUAUUAAUGUGGGUAUAAUUAGUGAUAAGAAUUGUAUUGUAAAAAUGGGUAUUCUUUUACCAAACACAAGCCGGCUCUGUGUAAAAGUUAAAUAUUCAAUCGCUCCGAUCCGUAGCUUUUCGAUGCAUUAGCGAAUGCAGUAAGACAUACCCACCUGUAUUCCAUAAUAUGUACCCCUCAGUCUCCUUAGAAACUACUUCGUUGUGAUAGAUCCCUCUUAGUUGUUAUAAUAGUGAUUCUGAUACGGAGUUGGACGAACUAGUCCUUGAACUUGAACCUGAACCAAUAGCGUCCUGUAGUUAUGACAAUAUAGAUAGCAACUUUGUCAAUGCAACUGAUCCAUUUCACAAUUUCAACAAAGAUGACGAGGAAGUAAUUACUACCAUUAGCGGCGAUUCUAGUGACGGCACUGAUAUCUCCAUUGAGACAGAUCUGGAUGUUAUCAAACCAAAAAAAAGUAAUUGCUUAGUAGGGCGGCGCAUAAUUGAAAUAAAAUAUUUUCUGGACGAAUUAAGAUCUUUGAAACACAAAGGGUUUGACUGUUCUUUUUUUGAUAUGGAGGUUUUAUCCGAAAAAAUUGAAGGAUUUCAAAGUAAAAUAUCAUUUAAAUGCAACGUUUGUAAUAUUGUCCAAAUUGUUAAUACAGAAAAUCCGAAUAAGAAGGAUUUUCCAACAAAUUGUGCCGUUGUCGCUGGAGCAAUAUCAAUUGGGGUUGGAUAUUCUCAAAUAAACGAGUUUGUAUCAUGUUUAAACAUUCCAAAUAUGUCCAAUGCAACAUAUUUACGCUAUCACUCUAAUUUGAGUAAAAAUAUACACGACGAAAACAUUAAACUAAUGAAUACCGCUGCCCAAGAGGAAAGAAGGUUGGCUGUUGAAUCUGGCCACGUAUCUGAACAAGGUGUUCCUAUAAUUCCAGUGAUUGUGGAUGGCGCAUGGAGUAAACGUUCCUAUCGUACAAACUACAAUGCUUUAUCUGGAGUUGCCUGUAUAAUUGGAGCGAAAACUAAGAAAAUUCUUUACAUGGGGGUUAAAAAUAAAUACUGUUUCGUCUGUACUAGGGCAAGUACUCCAGUAGAACAUUCUUGUUUCAAAAAUUGGGAUAGAAGUUCCACGGCAAUGGAAGCUGAAAUAAUCGCCGAAGGGUUUCAAUCAUCUAUUAAAAGUCAUAAUUUGAUCUAUGGCAAAAUUAUUGGGGAUGGGGACAGCACUGUAUAUAAAAAAGUUGUUGAGGUAUCCCCAUAUGGACCAACUUUUGUUGUAGAGAAAAUUGAAUGCCGAAAUCACCUCAUUAGGAAUUACAUAAAUAAAAUUUCAGAAUUGUCCAAAGAUACCAAAUUCCCCAUUCAUCUCAGGAGAAUAGUAACUAAUACAGAUGUUUUGGGUCGCUUCCGAAACGCGAUAACGAAAGCUAUUGCCUUUAGAAAACAGGGUCCUGAUGCUGAAAAUACAAAAGUCGCUCUUUUAAAAAAAGAUAUUGAAAAUGGGCCAAAUCAUAUAUUUGGGGACCACUCUAAUUGCGACGGUUACUUCUGUUGUGGAAAUAAAGAUCAGGAAAAUUUAGUACCUACAUUAAAAUUGUCUGGUAUUUUUGAACCAAUUGUCACUGCAAAUCGUAGACUAGCAAAUAAUGCUGCUAGUUUGUUACAAGAUGUAGACACAAAUGCAGCCGAAAGCUACAAUUCCGUCGUUGCCAAAUUUGUCGGUGGGAAGCGGAUCAAUUAUUCCUUAAAAAACUCUUACCAGACUAGAUGUGAGGCGGCUUCGAUUUCAUACAACACUGGUGGUGGUUUUCUUGCAAAAGUUCAAGAAAGAAUGUGUGGUACUAUUGAUCAUUAUACCCGUAUAUUUCACGAGCGGAAGAUGCGAAGGGUACAUGUAAAUAGAAAAAAAGCACCGAAAAGAAAACAUUUUGCUACAGCAGACAGUCAUUAUGGGCCUAGCGCAAACCAACCAGAGGAGGACAUGGACUCAGAAUUGUAUAAAAAAAAAACGUCAAGAGUUCCUAGAAGUUUUACGAUGUGCGGACAAGAAAAAGAUUUGUAUGGAAACGGCAUCGCAAUCAAAGUCCAACCUUUGGUAUCAAGAGCGCAAAAAACGAAUUACCGCUUCAAAUUUUGGCAGAGUUUGUAAACUACGCAAAACAACUUCCACCGCUAAGCUAGUUUCACAGUUGCUUUACACUACAUUUGCCGGUAACAGUAGUACAACAUUUGGUUUGGAAAAUGAAGAAACGGCAAUUAAAUUAUUUCAAAAUGCUCAUAACGUCAGUGUAACGCAAAGUGGUUUGGUAAUUGAUGAUGAAUUACCAUAUUUGGCUUGCUCCCCGGAUGGAUUAGUGGGUAACAAUUGUAUAAUAGAAAUCAAAUGUUCACCAAAAAGUGGGCCCUUAUCUCCAUUGGAAGGCGCAAAACAAAAAAAAAUUGAUUUUUGUGUAAUUGAAAAUGGCAAACUUACACUCAAACGAAGUCAUAAUUACUAUUACCAAAUACAAGGCGCAUUGCAUAUUUGUAAAAAACAACUGUGUUAUUUUAUAAUAUAUACAUUAGGAGGAUUACAUGUGGAAACCAUUGAACGCGAUGACGAUUUUUGGGAAACGAAGAUGAAAGAAAAAUUGGCCGACUUUUAUUUUAAUUCGUUACUGCCAGAAAUUAUCGAUCCUAGGAGAUGCCGCCAACUUCAAUUGCGAGAUAUUUAUAGCAAAAUCUAAUAGCUUUUUUUAUUGUCAUUGUUGUCAUUUUAAUAAAACAUAUACAAUUUUAA